AUGGACCGUCCCGAGCCGGGGCUGCUGAAGUGGUCGCCAAAUGCCAACCGUGACUCUUUUCUCCACAUCAAUCUGCAACACAGGGUUGUCCAGCUCUAUGAGCCCACAGGCCAUGCCCACCGCGGGCGCUUCGACUACCGGAAGGUCUCAAAACACGAUGAUGUGCCGCCCCUGACCACUUACGACUGGUCGCCUUCGACGCCAGGCUUGGUUGCCGUUGGCACCUCCACCGGUAUCGUCAACCUGCUGAGGGUCGACGACAGCUCUAAUGCCUACAUGGAAUUGGGCCUUAAGGUGGCCCGAACCUGCUUGGCUGUUGCUUUCAACACCACCGGCCUGCUUGCUGUCGGACUGGAUAGAGUUCGGAAUGACCAGUGUCUGCAUAUCUGGGACGUCAACCGCCUUUCCACCAUUCAUGCCUCCGGUUCGGGCUUUUCCGCCAGUACAGAGCCGUUCAGAGAACCUUGGAAGCGGCUUGAGCACAAUGCUUCCAUCUCGAGCAUCAAGUUUUUUGAGGACAAUCCUCAAACUUUGGUGGUGGGGAUCAAGGGCUCUGGCCUGCGGCUCCAUGAUCUUCGAGAGGGGAAUGAGGCGGUUGUUACCUUUCAGACCAAAAACAAUAACAACCUUGCUAUCGACUACGCAGACCAGAACUACUUUGCUUCCUCAGCUUUGGACUCCCCAGGGGUCAUGGUGUGGGACCGGAGAGCACUCAGCCGUAAUGUUGCCUCUGCGUCGUACCUGGACGCCGUGGACGCGGACGAUAUGCCUUUCGGCGGUGCUCUGAAGCUUGACAGGGCCGUGGACAUAGAAAGUGAUCCUCAGGCCAGAACGGACAGGAACUCUUUCAUUCGCAAGCUUGCCUACUGCCGCGACCACAGAGGCAUGUUAGCUGUGUUGUCUCGUCUAGGCCAGUUAAAAGUGUUUUCCACGCAACCGUCCGAGUAUCUAUCGACAGACGCGGAAUCAGACAGCCCACAACUGCUACAAGUUAGAAAGUCGAACGAGAUGGAUAAUUUCUAUUCAGAAGUCGAUCGGAAGAAUGAGCGCAUCGUCUCGUUCGACUGGCUCACCAUGCCGUCUGCUGCACUCCGGCCGAGACUCCUGGUGCUCCGCGCAAACGGGGCAUUCGAGAUCCUUGAGGUGCCAGCUUUUACUAGAACAUACCCAUAUAAGCUGACCCCAUGGCAGCCCCCAUACAGAGGCUUAACAGAGGGAAGCUCAUACCACAGCAUCAUGAAGUUUGAUACGAGUCAAACCAUUGACACAUUAGGGCCUUUCUUUGUGGAAAACGCGCUUUCCGACAUCCCUAUCUUCGGCCAGGAGAAAGCCGAUGUUGGUGCCAUAGCUGAGGAUGCCCUGAAGACUUACGCCCCGGAAGAUGACCUCUUGGUAGACGAGGCAGCAAGCACAGUCCCUCUUCCUGAGGCUUUUGUGGGUGCAAAGACUGUCGCAGAGAAGCUACAAGCAUUGAGAGCAUACAUUCAGAGUAUCGCCCGCUCAAAAGGACCCGACUCUGACACACAAUUGGCAAAGCUGAGUAGCAUCUCACUGGAUCCAUCCCCAGGUUCCUCAAACCGGUCUCUCCACGAGAGUCUUCUCCGAUCUACGGUGGAACUCACUGGUUUUCCGAAAGCCGCUCAAGUCGUUCUGGACCAUGUCAUGCUUCUGAGAGCAAAGGAAAAAUAUCUCUUCGAUUGUCGCGUCAAUCGUGCUGUUGUCGCAGAUGACCCUUGGCUUAAAGGUGUUUGGGGCUGGAUAGGAGGUAACUUCGCUUGUGCUGUGUUUUGA